AUGAAUUACAAUAGUAAAAAUAAAUUCGAAGAUUUGCCUGAUGAAUUGAUACUUUUAAUUUGUCGAUAUCUAAAUAUAGUUGAAAUUCUAAAUGGUUUUAGUUGUUUAAAUUGUCGCUUAUCGAAAACAAUAAAAGAAUUUAGUGAAAGAAUUGAUUUAAAUAUAAUUCCAUCAAAAUUAAUAAAUCGAUUUUUAAAUGAAAUUUUACCUGAUAUCAGUUGGAAUGUUCGAUCAAUAAUGUUUAGUGAUAAUUUCAAACGCUGUCCAAUAAAAUUAGAAAUGUUUAAUAACCUUGAAUCAAUUCAUUUUUCAAAUUCAUUUUCUAAAAAUUUUCUUUUUAAUAUAAAAGAAAUAAAAAUAGAUUUAGUUCCAGUUGAUAUUCAAUUUGAUUUAAUAAAAAUGUUUUUUUCAUCAAACGAAUAUACAAAUUUAAAACGCUUAGUUCUUCUUUCAUUUCAUGGUUUUACAUUUUCAAAUAUUCAAUUAAAUCAAUUAAAUCAAUUUGAAAGUUUAACAAUAACAUUGAAAAAUAAUGUUGAUUUAUUUGAAUUACUUUAUCUUUUAUCAAGUUCAAUUGAAGAAUUAAAUAUUCAUAUACUUUAUAAUGGACCAUUUAAACCGUUAAGAUCAUUUUCAUCAGCAUUGAAAUUAAUUAAACUUCGUUAUUUUCAUUUAAAAACGACAUUUGAGGACUCAAUUAAAUUUAAACAAUUAGAAAAAUUAAUAAUUGACUCAUGUUCUUCACUUGAAUAUUUAUCGAUUGAGACUUUGACGCGUGAUCAAGACUAUAUUGAUGGUUAUCAAUGGGAAAAGUUUUUGAAUAAAUUAUUUUAUUUAAAAAAAUUUACAUUUUCUAUUCGAUAUCGCUUUAAAAUAAACGAAAAUGAUGAUCAAAAAAUGAAAGAAGAUUAUUUAUUGAAGUCAUUUUCAACAGAUUUUUGGUUGAAACAACGAAAAUGGUUUAUUAAUUUCUAUUCAACUUGUUCAUUUACAAAUGAAAACUUUUCACUAAAUGGUUUUAAAAGAAAAAAUUAUGAAAAAUUAUUUUUACAUACAAUUCCUUAUCCUUAUGCGCUUAUCGAUGCAACUAUUGAUAUCAAUAGAACAAAAUCAACGAACAAACAAUAUAGUGCAAGAGAUAGUUAUUCAAAUGUUCGUCAUCUUUAUUAUGAUGGUGAAAGUAUACCAAUUCAAAUAGAAUCUUUAAAGAUUAUUCUCGACAAUUUCAAGUCAAUAAAUGAAUUAAAAUUAGAUCGUUUAAUAAUCGAUUAUUCUUCAUUAUCAUCGAAUACAAUAAUUUUUCGCCAUUUAAAUAAAUUAACAAUUUAUAAUACAGAUGAAAAAAUUCAUUUAAAUAUCAAUUUUCUUAAUUUAUCAUCAAUGUAUAAUCUUCGAUAUAUUCGUAUUCCUCAAAUAUCACUUCCAGACUAUUCAAAAAUGCCAAAACAACUUGAAACUCUUGUAUUAACUGAAUGUCGCGAUCUACAAUUUGACUAUAUUCAUAAAUAUGAAAAUUUACGUUUAUUAAAAUUAUAUUUAAAUAAUUUUGAUCGUUUAUUAGAGAAUAAUGGACACUUAAUUAUGAAUUUAAUUAAUUCAAUCUACUACAAUAAUAAAAUAAUGGAAACGCUACAAUUAAUGUGUCAUGGUGUUAAUCAAAGAAAACUUAAAACAUUUGAAAAACAAUUUAAUUUGAACACGGCUCAUUAUCUAAAUUCAAAUUAUAAUGGAAAAUGUUUAACAAUUGAACGAUUCAAUGAAUAUUUCAAUCAAAUUGUUGAGUUCUAA